CUGUACUGAAUACCGUAGGCAAGUAUAAUACAAUGUCAAGUAUUUAUGUAUCUAAACAUAGAAAGGGUACAGUAAAAAUAAUCUUACGGGACCACCAUCAUAUAUGUGAUCUGUUAUUGUGGUGCAUGACUGUGUGGAGGCACCAGCAUCUUGUGAGGGUCUUCUUACUGCAUCAUCCCAUGGUGGAAAGUGGAAGGGCAAGACAGCAGGAGAGAGUGGAACUUGAUUUUCUUACAAGCCUACUCUGGCAAUAACAAACCCACUCCCAAGAUAAUGACAUUAAUCUAUUCAUGAAGGUAGAGUGCUUAUAAACUAAUCAUAUUUUGUUAGGCCCCACCUCCCAACACUGUUGCAUUGGAAAUUAAGUUUCCAACACAUGAACUUAGCUCACACAUUCUAGCCAUAGCACCUGGCCUAAUUAAAGCUAAGUGGCACAAGAGUAAAUUGAAAUUCAAGCCUUUUCUGUCUUACAUAAGAAAGAUACCUUAAAAGAGUCUUUUAACAAAUUUCACUGAAGGAUGUCAGUCUUCCUUUUUUCAGUGAAUUAGAGACAUCGGUACAAAGAAUAUGAAUUAUUAAUCAUCUUAAUUCAGCUAGUUAGCAAGCUGUAUCACAUUUAUUAAAAUCACUUUUAUUUCUAUGGGUUUAGUUUCACCAUUUAUUAGGAGGAAAGGAAACAAAUUUGUGAGGGAGCUCUGGGUUGUCAGGAAAGGCUUUUCGGAGUAGUAAAGCAAUCAAAUGAGAAUAACUGAUUCAGUAUUUGUUUCCUUUGUCUCUGGUUUACUUUUUAGUUUUGUAGAACACUUGAUCGCUACCAUCUCACUUGGUCCUAGUUGAUGUAUCAUCUACAUUUUUAUUCAAGGUUUAAUAUAAAAUGCUAUAAAAGGCUAUCCUAAACUGGUUUUAAGCAUAUUUAUUUUGUUUGUUAAGCAUAAAAUACGCAAGAGAAUUUUUAUGGAAUGACUCCUUGUUACAAGGUACUUUGCAUUUAUAAUCAGCCACAGUCACCUCAGUUUCAUCCGGUAUCUUACAAGUAUGAUGUGCUGUAUACUCAAAGCCUCACCACCUGCUUGCCCCACCCAUUUGCUUAAAUGUAUCAAUUUUUUCUAAGCUUAACUUUUACCAAAACUGGAGUUCAACAGAUGAAUAUUUUUCCUUCUUAGAUGUUAACUAAACAUUUUUAAAGGUGCAAAAUUUACAUACAAACAUAACCCAAAUGACAUGGAAGUUACGUGAUUUGUGACUUGCCUCUGUAAUGUUCCCCUGGCCUGCUUGAAAUUCCUACCUUCCCUCUAGUCUAGUAUCUUAUUCUCAGUUAUUGAGAGGAAGUUAGGGACCUAGAAUUCUUGUUUUCAGAGCAGCAGAUUUUUGUUAAAAUAAUUCAAAACAUUUAUCCCUAUCUUGGGGCUUGAAGAGAAUGUGAAGUGCUUUAUCCUCUGUUUUGAGGGAAUGAGGGAAGGAGCUUGUUCUUAGGCAAUUAACAAGUAAAUUUAAAUAAAUAAUCCAAAUCUGGUGUAGGUAAACAAAUUUUAGUUUUAGGAACUUUCAAAAUUAAGUAUGCUUCCCCUUUGGGCUCCAGAUUUUACAGUAAUACUUUUUGAAAGCAGUAAGAUAAAAAUUUCAGGACCUCAAGAGAUGGGUCAAAAGAGUUUCACUGUAAUAUGAAUUUUGAAGCCAGAACUGGAAAUCCCCUGUGCUGCGUCUUCCUCUUCGUGGUAGUAGAGGUUACAGUUAUCAAAUAGUCCAGAGAAGCAAUGGGAACUUAUGAUUUCUGAUAGAAAAAUUUUAACAGAGGUGUAGUUGUAUGCAAAUAAUAUGUGAUGCCUCAGUUUCCUCCAAAGUCUUAGUUAACAGAGUUAGAAAAAAUCUGAUUAUAUUUGAAGUUCUGUGUUCAUACUGGAGUAAUUAUUUUUCCAAUGAUACAGUAUACAACAUAACUUUAUUACUUUUUUGGAACAGCAUAAAGAUGAUUUUCCCUUUCUCUGAAGUAUUUCUGAAAUUAAAAAUGAAAUAAGUGUGGUAGAAGCCAUUAUUUAUGAAUUAUCAUGCUAAAUUAACUCAUUAAUUAAUUCAUUCAGGGCACACCCAGUUAUUCCCCAAACUGAGUGAUAUAUUUCUUGGAAUAGACUUAUAAAGCUUGAGAAAACCCGAAGGAUCAUUAUAACAGCAAACAGGAAUGUAGGCAUCCACAUACUGGAUGACUUUAGUGACCUGGCACACAGUGCCUUAUCUACUUGGCACAUGUACAGGUACAAGGAACACUUAACAUUUUUCACCAGAGCUUAUUACAUACCAUUUUCAAUGCUUGAGAUAUUAUAUAAAUGCUAAAAUUCUAAAACCUAUAGUAAAGCAAAGACCCAGAUUUUAUACUGCAGUAGUUUUGCCAGUAAGUCUCAUCCUCACUAACUUAUCUUUUAAGAUUAAAAAUAAUGUAACCAAGGGGGAAGAAAAAGAGCAAAUAUGAGCAAAUUGUCAUUGUUUUAGAAUCUGCUUCUUUUCCUUUCCGGUGUUUCUGUGCAAGGAGAGAAUGAUCUCUGACCUUGUGAAAGGCAAAUACCAUGUGUAUUCAUGGUUGUUACUCAUUUGGCAAGGACUUGAAACUCAUGACACUCCCUGCUUAAGAUCCUCCACCUAUUCUUAACAGCUGGGCUCCCCAGCUCCUGGAUCACCAACCAGUACCAGUCUGUGGCCUGUUAGGAAUUGGGCUUGUACAGCAGGAGCUGAGCAGCUGGAGAGUGAGCGAAGUUUCAUCUGUAUUGACAGCUGCUCCCCAUCGCUCACAUAUAUUACCACCUGAGCUCGACCUCCUGUCAGAUCAGCAGUGGCAUUAGAUUCUCAUAGGAGCAAGAACCCUAUUGGGAACUGCACGUGUGAGGGAUCUAGGUUGCGCACUCCUUAUGAGAGUCUAACGCCUGAUGAUUGGUCACUGUCUCCCAUCACCCCCACAUGGGACUGUCUAGUUGCGGGAAUACAAGCUCAGGGGUCCCACUGAUUCUACCUUAUAAUGAAUUGUAUAAUUCUUUUGUUAUAUAUUACAAUGUAAUAAUAGUAGAAAUAAAGUGCACAAUAAAUGUAAUGUGCUUGAAUCAUCCCAAAACCAUCCCCUGCUCCACUGGUCCAUGUCUUCCACAAAACCGGUCCCUGGUGCCAAAAAGGUUGGGGACCACUGUUUACCAGGAUACAUAGCAUGGGUUUAUGAAUUCCCUAUCUUUGCAGCACAUCCUUUAUUUCUGGCUUGCAUGGGACUUGAAAGCCUAAAACAACUAAAUGCUAAGAAAAAUUAUUUUUAAAAUUAUGACAAAAAUAUUUUCUAUUUCAGAUGUAUAGAUCUGCAAUCCAGAAACUAUGAAUUUUUUUCAGUUGAGUAGUCUGUUUGCCAAAAAAUAAAAAAUAAAAAAUAAAAACUUGCCUAAGUUUCUUCUCUUACAUUUUAUUUAGGAUUUGCCCUUAGACAUUAUUUAGUGCUUUUCUGACGUUGUAGGGAAGGUGAGAAUAAUUGAAACACUAGUUUCUUAAAAUUUCUGUUUAAAUUGAUUACAGGCCGUAGAAUUUUUUUUUAAGCUAAGCAUGUUAUAGAGAGGUAUCCUAUAAGAAGCAAGGGGCAGGUAAAGACUUCAGAGAUGUGUAGUCCAGUGUGUUAAUUAAAGGAUACUACCUACUUCUAAUUCGGUAUGUAUUAAUCUUUUCUGAUAUAUCAAAGUACUCUUCGCAUAUUUUAAGAAAAUUGGCAUUUUAAAGUAUAGUCUUUGAUGGUAGAAACGUGAGGUUGACAAAAAUCAGUCCUCUUAUGUAUGAAUUUAGUCUUAAACAGUUCUUCAUAUGAUGGAAUCUAAAACACAAAUGUAGUCUUGAAAACUUUUAGUCUACUUUGGUUACAUGUGUUUAUUAUUGUUCACCUUAUAGAUUAAUAGCAGAAAAGUAUAAAUUUUAAUAUUUCUACGUUUCUGGCUUGAUGAGGUCUACAGCAUUAAUUUCUGACCAGUUAAUGCAAACUGAGAUUCCUAUUGUCCUAAGAAAAUCUGGGAAGUUAGUAACACAGACACAUCUUUUGAUUUAUUUCAGGACCACAUAAACCCAUUUUGAAUUAUUCAACCAUUGCUGAACUUCUUGAGUAUGUAUAAUUAAGAGUUGACUAUAAUUGGAAUGUUCUUAAGACUUUAAGUUGAUUAUAAAGUUUUGUGCUUAAAGUUGGCAAUAAUCAAAACAAAACAAACAAAAAAAAACUUUAUUUUGAAACACAGUCUUGCUCUGUCACCCAGGCUGGAAUGCAGUGAUGACAUCAUACUUCAUUAUAGCGUCAAUAUCCCAGGCUCAAGCAAUCCUCCCACCUCAACCUCCCGAGUAGUUGGGACUACAGGCGCAUGCCACCAUGCUUAGCUAAUUUUUUUUUAGUAGGGACAAUGUCUGUCCAUGUUGCCCAGUCUGGUCUCAAACUUCUGGACUCAAGUGAUCCUCCUGCCUCAGCUUCCCAAAAUACUGGCAUUAUAGGCAUGAGCCACCACCCCUGGCCAAAAAAUAAUUCUGAAACAGCGAGGAGGAAGGCGGUUUCUUCUUGGGAAGUCUAGAUUUUAGUUAAGCAUGUAGAGGGAUCAGUUGACUUAUUAACCACUUAGGAUUGCACAGUAGGAGAAUUUAAAGGGUAGCCAGCACUGGAGUGGGCCUGGGAAGGGGAAGGGCAGUUUGUGUUAGUGUGCAUGGGUCCAAGAUAAAAAUGUUGGGUAACAGAGUUUUGCCUAAUGCAUUGUCGCUAAAAGGGAUGAAGGGCAUCAGGAUCUACAGGAGAUGCAAAAAGUAAUGACAGGAUAGUAGUGGGAAAAACUAGGGUGGGAUCAAGGCACUGGAAGGCAGAAAUAUUGAGUAGAAUGUUUGCUGCAAUUUAUGUUUCUGUAUAAAUACCGAGUACAAAGUUUCACUUGGGUGGUCAGGGUGCUAUGGCUGUGACAACUCCUGAGAGUGGGUUUUCUGGUAAAAAAAAAAAAAAAAAAAAAACUCUCUGAAUGCACGGAGUAGACUCAGGCCUUCUCAAAUUUGCGAAGAACAGGUCCACAAGACCUACAUUUCCCAAGAUAAUUGCAGUAGUGUGACCUGAUAAUUAACAUUUUUUGCUUUCCUGCUGGAACAUUCCUGGGGCCCAGAGACUGGGCCAAGCAUUUCCAGUCCAGAGACUGGGAACUGAACCAAGCAUUUCCUUUAGAUUGUGCAGGUUGUGAAGGUUGAUGUUAUUAGCUUAGUUACUACUUGGAGUCUUAGCUCAUAGUGUGUCUUUAUGGCUUUCUGCCUCACUGGACCCUCUUCCCAAAAGGAUUUAGAAUGUGUUCACCAUCAUGAGCUGACCAACAAUUUCUAAAUUCCUACUCAGAAACACAGCAAAGGGAAUGCAGUCAAGCACAAAGGGCUAAAUGACUAGAACUGUUUUAAUCAUGGACAAACAAAACCCACAGAUGAAUGCUUCUCACCCGGAAACAAACUUGCCAGUUGGGUAUCCUCCUCAGUAUCCACCAACAGCAUUCCAAGGACCUCCAGGAUAUAAUGGCUACCCUGGGCCCCAGGUCGGCUACCCACCCCCACCACCCGGCCAUUCAGGUCCUGGCCCAGCUGGCUUUCCUCUCCCAAAUCAGCCAGUGUAUAAUCAGCCAGUAAAUAAUCAGCCAGGUGGAGCUGCAGGGGUACCAUGGAUGCCAGCACCACCGCCUCCAUUAAACUGUCCACCUGGAUUAGAAUAUUUAAGUCAGAUAGAUCAGAUAUUGAUUCAUCAGCAAAUUGAACUUCUGGAAGUUUUAACAGGUUUUGAAACUAAUAACAAAUAUGAAAUUAAGAACAGCUUUGGACAGAGGGUUUACUUUGCAGCGGAAGAUACUGAUUGCUGUACCCGAAAUUGCUGUGGGCCAUCUAGACCUUUUACCUUGAGGAUUAUUGAUAAUAUGGGUCAAGAAGUCAUAACUCUGGAGAGACCACUAAGAUGUAGCAGCUGUUGUUGUCCCUGCUGCCUUCAGGAGAUAGAAAUCCAAGCUCCUCCUGGUGUACCAAUAGGUUAUGUUAUUCAGACCUGGCACCCAUGUCUACCAAAGUUUACAAUUCAAAAUGAGAAAAGAGAGGAUGUACUAAAAAUAAGUGGUCCAUGUGUUGUGUGCAGCUGUUGUGGAGAUGUUGAUUUUGAGAAUGAUGAUAUCAAGGUACUCUCAUGGAAAGAACUGAGAAAUAGUCACUUGAAGAAUUUUCCAUAGAGUUGACAAUGGAAACUUUGAUACCUCAAAGCAGAAAUUAUCAGUAUGAGGGACCGCUAAGGAACAUGAAAUCCACCAGGGUGUCACUGGGCAUGGAAACUUGAAUAAAAGAGAUAAAAGCCUGUUCCACAGCAGGGGCAGGAGUCAUUCUAAAACAGAGAAUAACUCAAGAGGCAUUUCAUAGGUGUACUAUGUGGAACUAAUUCAUGGAUUUGAUAUCAAUUGAGGAUGAAAAAAAUUUUGGAGAUAAACUUGAUAUGUUAUUAUUCUCAUAUUACAUUGGCCAAGUUAAGAAUCUUGGAGGAAAAACACUUGAUUUGUGUCCUCUUGACCAUUAUGAUAGUCUGCUUUUUAAAAAGUAAGGUAUCAAAUACUAUUACACAUCUAGGUCAGGGAUCAGCAAAAUAUAAUCAAUGGGCUGUAGUUGAUUAUAUAAAAUAUAUAUGGGAAGUUAAUGACUUGAAUUAAGGUCAUGUUGGAUUUUAGUUAUGUAGAGGAAAAGAAUGGAGAGUUUUCAGCAAACAGAGUAAUUGAAUCUCUAAGAAGGUUAUCUUAAUGGUGAGUAAGAGAGAGCCUAGUAGACCUUUUAUCCAAUAUAGAUGAUAAGAGAGUCUGUCUGCUUCAAGGACUCUUGGUAGGGGGAAAAAAUAUGGCCACAUGAAACUGACAUACCAAGUCAGUCAGUUCUGUCUAUGAGCUUGAAAUCUGAAUUCCUGCUACUGUUGUGUUUCAGGAAUCUCAAAAUACAGAAAUUGAUCCUGAGUAGUGAUAAAUUUUAUAUGGUCAACUAUAGCCCACAGACUUUUUUUCCUGCCCUCUCAACUAGAUUUUCAUUAGCAUUCAAUAAAUAUGUUUUUAAAAAGCAGACAAUCCUAAUGGUCAAGAGUAUAGACACUGGAGCCAGAUGCCCAGGUUUGAAACCCAUCUUCACACUUAUCUGUGUGACUUUAACAAAUUCUUUCACUUCUCUUUGCUUUAGUUUAGUUUUUUUACAUGAAAAUUGGGUGUAGUAACAGUAAAUAAAUAAAUCAGUAGUAAGUAAAUAAAAUAGCUUACCAGCAACUAUUAAUAUACUCAUGAUACACUUUUUAUAUUUCUUUGCUACAUACCUAGAUCCUAUAUGCUGUCAUUAUAUUUCAGUAUUUUGCAUUUAUAUUUGCAUUGUGAGAUGAAUCUAUGGUUUUCUUUUUAGAAUGCUUUUACCAAUUAGUAUUACACUCAUGGAUUUAAAAGUUUAACAUUAUACAAUACCAAUUUAUUCUUUCCAAAUGUUGACAUUUUAUUAUAGUGAUUUUCUAUUCCAAAAUGUCUACAAUUUAGCUAAAAAUUAUCUAGUCAUGCUAAUUUAUUGGUUGAAGAUCAUUAUUUGCAUUUCUUAUCCUUGGCAUAAAAAAUGUAUUCUCUACUUCGUUAAAUUUCUUGCUGUAGUAAUCAAAAAGGGCAAAUGUUAAUAUCUUUAUCUGUAUAGUGUUGAGUUUAGAUUGGCUAGUAAGUUGUCAGCUGCAUUUUUCAUUUUUUUUAAUUUCAGAAUUAAAAAAUAAAACAUAAGAGUUUUCAUUACUAGCUUCAAAUGUUUCAAUGACAGCUAUUAGCAGAAAAAUACUAACAUGUGCAAGAAAGGAUUUGUAUUAGUUUAUUUCACCACAGUAGUAUUUCAUUACAUAUAAUCACUAAAACUCAGCAGCUUGCAACAAGUGUUUAUGCUCAUGCUUAUGGGUGUGUAGGUCAACUGUGUUUCAGUGGAUGUAUUUAAGCACUGACUUAGGCUGCAUGUUAACCUCAAUCUGCUCCAGGUAGAUUUGUUCUAUGACUGUAGCAGCAGCAGCUAUCUGAGUCAUGCUUUUCUAGUGGCUUGUCACUGAUCAUAAGCCAGGCCAAAGCACUUAGCCAAGUUUAAGGACGCUACUCAUGUCAUAUCUGCUAACACCCAUUGUUCAAACAAGUAACAUGGCCAAGCCUAAUUAUGAAGGAACAGGAAGUAUACUGGCCCUACAGAAGGAGAGGGAAUGAAAUGAAUAUUUGAUGAACAGUAUUAUGCUAUCAGUUUCAUAUUAGAUGUUUAUUUCUAGUAUUUUACAAACUAUCCACUUGUACUCAAAUAAAAUGAGUCAAGUAUUUUUAGAUUCCCCACAUUUAUUUAGCUGAAAAGGACACUCAUCUGUUAAUACAACUAUAUGUGUACAUAGUUUUGUGAAUUUCAGCUACAUUCAGUCCCCACCUGCCCUCCUAGAGGAGUUGCCUUAGUCUGAGCAAAGUCCAUUCAACCCUAUAUGAUGGCCCUGGGCUUUCCUCAGGCAGAAUUGUAAAAUUAGGAAACUUCUACUUUGGAGCUCAUUCGUUCAUACACUCUUCGUCUUUUAUUAUUCACACCCCACUAGUUAUCCACUCUUAACCUCAACCCUUGGCGUGGGGCAUUUCAUCAAGUUACUUGUUGGUAUUUGCCUUUACUCCAAACUGCUAAUCUUUUCUAGGUGCUUAGCAUUUCAUGUUUGGCAACUCACAGUGGGUGGUAAUAAGCCUUUUCAUCAUAUUUAAUCUUUCAGUCUGUGUAAACUGUGCUUCUCCUAAAGCAGAAGUCUAAUAGGAGUUUUGUUCAUUCACUUCCUGAUGGCUUCUAGAAAUGUCAUCAAAGAAACAUUUCAUAUUUAUAUCCUUUUUUGCUUAAAUUUUCUUUUGGGUCAAUUCAAAUAAUUUAUUAAUGUCUAUAUUAAUAUAAAAUAGAAAUUGUUAAAUAUUUCAGAAAAACUUUCUGAAAUAUAAUUUCUCCAUACAAUGAAACAGUUUUUUUCAUGUAUCUAUAAAUAGAUACAGGAGCCUCUAGUUAUCUAAUGAGGGUUAUAUAUGGUGCAUAAUUUUAAUACCAUAUUUGUUUCAUCUUACUUCAAAUUUGAAAGUACUUUUGCUCUAAGUUUCCUAAAAGUAUUUAAUACUUUUUU